CUUAUACUUUAAAAAAAAAAAUGACAUCUUUAUCAACACUGAUCUAUUAUCCUCGAUCCAUCGGUUUAUUUGCCAACGGAGUCUUUUCAGGUAUUGGGCUCACCAUGAACGGUGUCAGUGUUCCUGCCAUCAAGGCCAGCAAGGAUCCAUUGCCUUCCUUUGUCAAGACAUAUAACAACGCUUCCAAGAUGGCUAUAGCCAGUAUCUUUAUUGGUACAGCAGCCAACGCAGCUUGUUAUUACCGAACUAACGACAAGAAGUUUUUGUAUACUUCCAUCUUAACUUUUGUCAGUUUCCCUUUUACUCUCUUGUUUAUUGCACCCAUCAAUAACCAGUUAUUUGCAUUACAAAAGUUGGGUGACAGUUAUGAUCGUAAUGAAGUCUAUGCACUUAUGGAAAAAUGGAACAAAGUCCAAGCCUUCAGAACUAUCGCAGGAACUGCUGCUUUUAUUGUUAAUCUCGUAUAUUAAUAUUGUAUCAAAUAAUCUAAUUAAAAAAAAUAUAUUUUGCUUUUUGUGAUUCAUAA